AGAUACAUAUCAUUCUUAAUUGGCUAGUCAUAUAUUCUAUAUGGUGUAGUGAUUGCUCCACAGAUUACGUGAUAAUAAUCAAGACGAAUAAUUUCCAGUAAAACUUAUUUUUUGGUAUUAUAAUAUUACAGGCAGCAUUUUAAAAAUGUGGCCCCGAUUGUGGAUUUCAGCCAGGCGUUCUGCUGUUCAAUUAAAUGUUGAAAAUGCAUUAAAAGUCUCUUUGCGUGCCUCAUCUAGCCAGGCCAAGCAGGCGGAAAUUUCCGAUGCCAAAUUAACCAAUUCGGUUUUACAAACAGAGAAAUUUCAAGAUAUUCGUAUAUAUAAUGAACCAAUUCCGCAAUAUCUGCCCGGGUCUAAUGAAAUCAAAGAUUUGCAGAAAGCGCUUAAACAUUAUGAAAAUAACUGUGAAGAUAUACCGAUUGUUAUAAACGGAAAAGAGAUAAGAGAGGGACAAGAGACGUUCCAAGUUAUGCCACAUAACAAGAAUCACAAGCUUGCAAAAUAUUACUAUGCUGACAAUGCUACUAUUGAAGAAGCUAUACGUGUCUCAGUGCAGAAACAAAAGGAKUGGGAUAAAACCCCUCUUAAAAAACGCAUUGAAAUUUGGGAACGUGCUGCUGAUCUUAUGGCCAAAAAGUAUCGUGCUGAAUUGUUAGCCACUACAAUGUUGGGGCAAUCAAAAACAGUAAUACAGGCUGAAAUUGAUUCUGGUGCUGAAUUGAUAGAUUUUACCAGGAUGAAUGCCGGUUACUURAAAAAUUUGGCCAUGGAACAACCUCUAAGUCCUCAGCCAGGCAUAACCAAAAAYCAUUUACGUAUUCGAGGCUUGGAGGGAUUUGUUGCAGCAAUUACACCAUUUAAUUUCACCGCAAUCGGUGGUAAUUUAGCGUUUACACCUGCUUUGAUGGGCUGUAGUGUSUUAUGGAAGCCUUCAGACACGGCAAUGCUCUCCAACUGGACGGUAUUCAAAAUAAUGAGGGAAGCCGGUGUACCGGAUGGAGUAGUAAACUUUGUUCCUGCUAUUGGCAAAAAUUUCGGUGAUGCGAUUACUAAUUCCCCCGAUUUGGCUGGUAUCAAUUUUACUGGUUCCACAGCGACCUUCAAAACCCUUUGGAAACUGGUGGGUAAUAAAAUUGAUCAGUACAAGAACUAUCCACGUUUAAUAGGUGAAUGCGGAGGUAAGAAUUUCCACUUCAUUCAUCCAUCAGCGAAUGUGGAGACUGCAGUUGCGCAAACUAUUCGCUCUGCUUUCGAGUAUGGCGGACAGAAGUGCUCCGCAUGUUCUCGAUUAUAUGUACCAGAAUCGCUUUGGGAGUCCCAAUUUAAAGGACCACUCAUUAAGAAGACUAAGAAUUUGAAAGUAGGCGAUGUUCGUGAAGUAGACAGUUUCUAUUCGGCGGUUAUUGAUGAAAACUCAUUUCAACGUAUUCUUGGGUUUAUUAAUGAAGCCAAAGAGGAUCCCGAUUGCACUAUUUUGACAGGUGGAAAUUUAUCCAAUUUGAAAGGCUUCUUCGUGGAACCAACUAUUGUACAGGUGAAAAAUCCUAAUAAGCGUGUAAUAACAGAUGAAAUAUUUGGACCAGUAUUAUCAGUGUAUGUUUAUAAAGACAGCGAUUUAGAUAAAGCGUUAGAUUUGGUUAGAAAUACAACUCAAUAUGCGUUAACUGGCAGCGUUUUUGCUACAGAUGAACCAUUYUUAAAACAAGCUUUAAAUGAGUUAAAAGAUGCUGCUGGCAAUUUUUACAUUAAUGAUAAGUCCACAGGAGCUGUCGUUGGGCAGCAGCCUUUCGGUGGGGCGCGACAGUCCGGCACUAACGAUAAAGCAGGUUGUCCAUUUUAUCUGAUGCGUUUCGCUUCAUUGCAAGCUGUAAAAGAGACCUUCGUACCAAUACCAGAUAUAUACUAUCCUUAUAUGAACAAAACGACUAAUUAAAUAACUCAUGAUAUUUCUCUUUAAAUGAAACUAAGCGAAUCUCGAAUGGCAGUUAAAAACUAAAAAUAUAUAAAUAUUUUGUGGUUAUAAAUCAUUUAUUUUAUUCCAUGAAUACUGGAAUAUUACGAAUAUAUUGAAUGUAUUAAGCAAUUAUAAAUUACAAUUUACUCAAUGUGUAUUAGAAUCUCUUUAACGAACAAUUAACGUACAUAUAUACAUAUAAGCUUAGCUAAUUAUUCAGCGAGUUGAAUGUAGAAUGCCAUCGAACAUGGGUCACGUUCACCAGUAGCCAAGCCCCCUAUUUGUUAUCAAUAAUUUUUAUAUUCUGGUGCGUUUGUGGGACUUUAUUACAUACCCAUACUUGUGUACAAUAAAAACAACACAGACCUGCGAUAAUCA